UAACCAUUUCCCUUUAUAUACAAAAAACAAAGAUACAAUUGGAAAAGGACUAGAUUGAUCAGACUUUUUAGCCGAAGCCCAAAAUAGAGGACUUCUGCAGCGAGUUAGGUUCGGCGUUGUAACUCAAAUGAGUUAACCUGAUUGUGCCUGUCAAUGCGUCUGCGGGACUUGGUCAUUUCAAUAACGAAGAAUUUGACCUGCCUUUCCUCUCCGGUUCUUAUUUUGAUACCCAACGGCGCCGUUCAGCUGCCUCUUAACUCAAGACAGUUCUCAGGAAACUCGAACCUACACACAUUCAUUUUUCUUCUGUUUUUUUUUUUUCUCCAGUAGAAAUGGAGUUGGAAUAAAAUCCCAAAACAGAAACGACGACGUUUAGUAACUUAAAACUGGCAGAAUUUCGUUUUACUUUGCCAUUUGCCGUCGCGAAGGCAGCUACAGUACUUCUCUUUUGCAGACAAAAGGUAUAAUAAUUGUAUUGGCCAAUGGUGAUCUAGAUCAGGAGCGAUAAAUAAUGUCCAUUGCUAAUCGCAGAUAUACUUACAUACAUGAUUGUAAAUUGCCUUCUAAAGCCAUUAACACGCACCACAUUAUAGUUCGAAAGAGCAGACGGAUUGUAUGUCUCUUGGGUUUUGUUCUUUUAACAAACACUUCAUUUCUGUUUCUAUUCAAGGAUAUAUCAAUCACCAUUCUCUUAUGGAGUUCUUUUUUUAUAAAUGCAAUCCUUGUCAAAUUAAUGUUUUUGAUGCCUGUUGUUAAAGAGUCUGUAAUCGUAAUGCCAGCUUUUGGAGUCCAACUUGAAACACACUAUAUGAGUGGAAGAAUUGAUCGCCUCUUUGUUCCAAUUGGCAAGAUUCUGAAACCUGUGCUGCUAGAAUGCAUUACUCCAGUUCAUUGUUACUGGAGCCUGUCUUUGAUUUUGCAUGGGGAGACAGAACUAAUGUUGGUUUUCAGGGAAUUACGGCCUCCUGUCAAGAUGCUGGUACCUAUCUGGAAGGCAUUGUGCAGUGCCUCUGACAGCAAAGAAAACUGGGACACAUCUACAGAAGAUGGCUAAUGCCUACCAGUAAUACCCGAGAAAAGCAAUAAUGUUCAUCUCAUCACUAAACACCACAAUAUUGGCAUUGAUCAAGAACCAGGAGCUGAGGAAGAAUAAUAGGCAUAUGCUGAUGUAUGCAUGUUAUUUACGAGGAAGGUAAUUACCUGAGUUUAACUGAUUUGGUUAAACCUAAUCAUAUGUAAAGACAAAGUAGAAUCAUUAUGUUAUAGAAUUGCAACCCAACUCACCCUCAAUGAGGAGACAAUUUGCGGCUGGUUGUAAGGAAUUAAACGAUUAAAUGAUGAAAAUGAGACUAGCAAGAUCAAUGAUGCAAAACCUUA